GUCAGCCCCAGAGGCAGCGGCAAGGGAGACUGUGGGAAACUGGGAGCAACGGCAGACAUGGACCAAAGCAGUGAAGGAUGUAUGAAAAAGAUUAGCAGUGUGAAUCUUGACAAACUUAUUAAUGACUUCUCACAGAUAGAAAAGAAAAUGAUAGAAACCAAUGGAAAGAACAAUAUACUGGAUAUUCAGUUGGAAAAGACAAACUGUCUAUUAAAAGUAAUGCAAGCAAAGGAGGUCUCAAUUAAAGAAGAAUGUGCUACUCUUCAUAAUAUAAUUAAAGGGCUACAACAGACCAUUGAAUGUCAACAGAAUUUGAAAGGUGAAAAUGAACAACUAAAAAUAAGUGCUGAUCUUAUAAAAGAGAAGUUGAAGUCUCAUGAACAGGAAUAUAAGAAUAAUAUUGCCAAACUUGUAAGUGAAAUGAAAAUCAAAGAGGAGGGAUAUAAGACAGAAAUAAGCAAACUUUAUCAGGACAUGCAGAAAAAAGUUGAAUUAAACGAAGAAAAGCACAAAGAGCUAAUAGAGAAAAAGGAGAUGGAAAUUUCAGAGUUAAAUGCAAAGCUAAGAAGUCAAGAAAAAGAAAAGCAAAAUGAAAUAAUCAAGCUACAGCUAGAGUUUGAUGCCAAACUAGCAAGAGUUCAGACUAAAUCAAAAUCAUAUCCGGAUUCUACUGCUUUGCCACAAAGUAUCUACAGAAGGAAACUGCAACAUUUUCAAGAAGAAAAAAACAAGGAGAUUGCAAUUCUUCGUAAUACCAUUCGCGAUUUAGAGCAACGCCUUUCUGUCGGCAAAGAUUCUCACCUUAAGCGUAGACGGUUUUGAGCUUAGCAGUAAAUUCAUUAGUUGGUAUUUAUUUAAAAGCAAUAGAAAGUUUCAAUAUACACAUACAGCCUACACAACAAAAAAGUCAGCUUUAAGGGUUUUAUUGAAUUUAUUUGGACAAAUCCAUACUGUAUCCAAUUGUGUACUGCAUUCUUGCUUAAUAGUAUUAACCGUAAAGGAGGUCAGGUUUACAGGGUUUGGUUUACCUAUUAAACCAUCAUUGACUAUGGAAAUACUUACUAAGCAAUAUAGAGACAGACAAUAUUCUUUAUCUUUCCCCUUAUAUCUUUUAAGACAGCCACGCAAGUUUUAGAAGAGUGUGAUACAACAUUAGAGAAAGAAAGAUACAAAGGCUUUAUUCAUGUGUGAUAGUAAAAAUAAGGAUAUAAGUCUUAGAUAUACAGAAGAUAAAUGGAUAUUUAAAAUAUAGUUAUAUAUGCUUUUAUAGCAAAAUACUCAUGUGUUAAGUAUUUCUGGAUCUUAAAAUACAAAAUCCACUUAUUAGUUAAAAGUGUAAGAUUGAAAAGACAAGGAUAAUAUUGUUUUGAGAGAUAAGUAAAGAAAAAAAUGGAAAGCAUGUCUUUGUUGUUCUUCCUCCAUUCUAAAUUGCUAACUAUCCAACAGAAACCCCUAGGUCAUAGUUUACGUUUCUAUUCUCAUUAAAGCAAAUAGAACACUGGAAAAAGAAAAAAAAA